GUGCCCCUGCUCGCCCAGGCCCCAGUUUCUGGUCACAGCAGGGCCCAGAUAAGCACGUUUGGGGUCUCCGGGGCUCCAGCAGCGCCUGCAUGUUUGGUCUGGUGUCACCGGGAGGAAGUGAACAUUUGGGGAAUGUGUUCAUCCUUCUGGUGAAGAUGGGUGUGAACAGGCUGGGGUAGCCCAGCAGUGCAACCUCCGAGCUGGCCUUGGAUGAUGAGGUGGCCUUCAGGAGUGGGAGGUGUCACUGUGAGGCAGAGGAUGCAGCUUGUCUAAGACCUGGAGGUAUGGAAAAGUGUCUGCAUUCCAAGUGGGCAGGUGAGGCUUGGCCGAUGAGCCAGAGCAGCAGGUUGGGGACAGACUCCCAGGGCCUGGUGCCCCCUGAAGGACCAGCUGCCUUCCUGAAGGGGGAAGGUUUUGCAUAGGAGUAACCUGCCCAAAUCGGUGUCCUAGUAAAGUCAUUCUGCCCACAGAGAGGAGGGUUUGGGGAGCAUUGAGGGGUCCAGACUGGGGCGGGGAGCCCAGGAAAAAGAGGGUUGUGAGGGGAAAAGUCAAGUAUGGGGCUCAGUGUAGCAGCUAGGCGAGGGUGGUCAGAAACCCAAAAGUGGAUUGACGAUAGAGACGUUUCUUUCUCACACACCGUGAUCUGGAAGUGAGGAGUACAGGACUGAUGGCAGACUGUCGGGCCACGGUUCCUUCCGUCUUGUUGCUCUGCCAUCCUUGAUGUGGGGCUCGUGUCUCAUGGUCCAGGGUGGCGGCUGUGUGAGCUCCAGCCAGCAUGGCUGCAUCCUGGCCAGCAGGGAGAGGAGGGAGGGACAGGGGAGAGGCCAUCCACCUCGUGCCCAGGGCCUCCCCUGGGUGUGUGUGUCAGCCCCUUGGACGAGGGUGGAGCACAUCUUCUGACCAGCCCUGCUCCGCAGGUGUCCAGCCCGUCUCCUCUUCUGGGGCAUGUUAGUGUGCCAGCGGGUGCCUGCAGGGUGACCUGUUUGUGACUUCUGGAAUGUGGGGAGGACACUGCCUGUGGGAUUGCCAUAAUAGGGUCACCCUGAGAGAGACUCUGGUUCCAGUCCCUGUGGACUUUUGCUGAUGGGAUGCUGGGCCGGGGGACACGGCUCUGAUCCCAGCACCCUCACCUCCACACCGGCCUGCUGUGGGCCCCUACGUGCCUAGUCCAUCUGCCUGUGAGGAGGAGGCGGGACUGAAGAAGGAGGCCAGACCCUCACCCUCACCUUCAGCUUUGGGCUCGAUCAGAAGCAAACUUUUCUUCCCUUUGGCCUGUGUCUUCCCAUGCCAAGUCCCUUCAAGAGUUAGGGAGUGGCGUUUCCUGAGGCCUGGAAGCAGAGGAGGUGUCCCGUGGGCUUUGAGAACAGAGCUGUCAUACUCAGCUCUGUCUCCUCCAUGGCUGCUUCCCCGUUAUAGCUCACUCAGGAGGACGCAGAACAACUCAGCCCAUGCCGCAGGGCACCCAGCCCCAGCUUCCCGACUCACCCCUCCUCAGAUGGAGACCACGGUGGGUGGUGUGCCCCAGAGGCCCUAGUGGGAGAGCAGGUGGUGGGCACAGCAGCUGGCUGUUAGGAGAAGUGGCCUGGCUCUGCUGGGAUCAGCUUCCUGGGACUCAGGCCCCUCCUCGUGUUUGUGCCAUGUCUAAUCCAGAACCGCCUUUAUCUGGAGAGACAGCAGCCAAGUGGGCGUUUACCCCAUGGCACUGAGCCUGUCCUCAGAGCCGGUCUAGGGUUGGCUUGUCCAUGCCAGCUGGGCAGUGGAUCAGCAGGCCGUGUUGUCCUGUCCCUACCCACAGGGUGGAGCUUGGCACCCAGGAAACCUGGCUGGAGGUCAUUGGCAGGCUGAGAGUGGGGCUCCAUGGAUGCUGACCACCAGGGGACCCUGGGUCACUGGUGCCUGCUUCCUGCCCUACCUGCUCCUUCAGCUGCCUGGCAGAGAUAGGCCGGUGGCAGAAGCCUGUCAUUCUGGACUGGGAUAGCCCAGACUGGGCUGCUCCCAAGAUGGCUUUAGGGAGAGGAGCAGAGCUCUGCCAGGGGAGCAUCUGUCCUGUGGGGAGGCAGCAGAGAGCAGUGGCUGGCCGGCGAGCCUUGGGACAGGCCAUAGUCCAUUCUCCGACACACUCACACUCACUCACACACACAGUCCACGCCCUGCACACAUCCCAGGGAGGCACACCCUUUCCCCUCCCUCCUCUCCCUCCCCAUCUUUUCAGUCAAGCUUGUCCUGGUGCAUCUCUGAGGCUGGGGCAGGCGUGGAAGCCCCCUGGUCUGGGAAGCAGCUGUGAACCCCUUGUGUUGGGCUGUAGACUCGACCCCAUGUUUUGGCUGUUGGUUCUGUUCCGCUCCUAUGCCAAGGGCUUGCUCGCCGACUACCUCUGGGCUCACCUGGCUGGGCUUCUCUCUCCCGGGCCCACUGGUGGGGCUGCCCAGAGCCUUUGUCCCUCAGGGCCCUGACCUGGCUGGUGGCCCAGGAGGGAGAGCCCUGUAUUACCCUCCCUGAGAAGCCUCAUUGCUUCUGGCUGAGCAGCCUUCAUUGCGUCUGCUUUUAUUUUAUAAUUGUGAAAACGAUGCUUGUUUGUCACAGAAAAUGCAUAAUGUAUGAAAAAGCCUAGAGAUGAGAUUCCCCAAUCAAGAGGUAAUCACUGGGAAAUUUUGGCAUAUUUUGUCUAGCAUAUUGUCUAUUUGUCUCUCACAGAUUUGUACACAUACUUUUGCAUUUUGAGGUUGUAAAUCCAACAUUAGAUGUCGAAAGCAUUUUGUUGGGUCCCUAAGCAUGACUGUGAGUGACGGCUGCCCCUGAUUUUCUUGUGUUGCCCCCUCCCCUGGGGGCUCUAGGUGGUUUUUGACUGCCCGAGUCUUUUACAGACAGCCAGGCGAUGAACAUCUUGGUGUGUCUGUGCCCACAUUUCAAGGCUGUGCUUUCGUAAGCUUUGUCUUCCACCUCAAGAAGUCUGGGAAACCGAGGCUCCUGGUUCCAGGGGUAGGGGUCAGCUGGGCUGAGGAGUGCCCUGCCGGGGCUGUGGGUGGGUGGAUGGGGCCCAGGCACCCAGGAAGCUGGAGAGUGAAUGACAAGGCUGGUGGCCAGGAGGGGUCAGAAGCCAGGAGCCUGAAGCGGAGUGGCCUGCAUGACUGAGGGGAGAGGUCAGCACCCUUAGGGCUGGGGAGUGGCUUUAGGAAGCUGAGGACAGAAGCAGGUGGGGCCCCCAGAGGGGGAGGUGAUUUUGUGAGUCUGUCGUAGGGGGAGUGCCUCUGAGUGAGGGGCCACAGCUGUGCCUAAGGAGACAGCUGUGGUGCUGGGUCAGGCGCUGUGGGAGGCACAGCUGAACUCCUAUUCCUUCUGGAUUUCACCCUGGGAAGCUUCAUUGCCUCCCCAGGUUCCUGAUGCGCGGGGAGGGGACCCAUGCCAGGCGUGUCCCUCACUCUGUAUGAGAGGUUAAAUGGCCACCUCCUGUGUCCCACAGUACUCCAGCAGUGCUCCAUUUCCCAGAGGAGGAAACCGAGGCUCCUAGAUGGGGGUGGGACUGGGGGUGUGCCAGGGCGAGCUGGCCUGGGUCAUGUGCAGUGAUGUCCAUGUUGCAGGAAGGGAGGUGAGCAGCCAGGCUGCCUGGAGGUGCUCCCGGGGGAUCUAGAAAUGAGCCUCUAGCUUUACUUCUCCCUCCUGCUCUCUCUUCACGUCCUGAUGGGCCCCGCCUGCCUGGGUCUGUCUGUCUGUCUCUGGGUGUGCGUCUGGUGGUGGGUGUUGUGCAUAUUUUCUCGGCCUCUGUGUGUCUGUCUGCCUUCUGCACCAUGGAGAUGUGCUUGUGGGUCUUGGGUCGGAGUCUCUGCUCCUCCUGGACUCGGCCUGUGUCUCCACCCCCAGGGGCCUCCGGAUCCUACUAAUGAGGCCUCAGGUGCAGAGCAGGGUGGCCGGUGAUUAGCGGGCUCAGCAGCUCUCUGGAGAGUCAGCUUCCCUAAUGAGCUUUUCUGCACUGGUGCUGCCUUACUAUUUUUUCCUAACAGAAAAACGUUUACUGGCCAGUAUGGCUGCUUACUGUCACCAACUCAGACGCAGGAGUGGUAAGCGGCUGAUAGCCCAGGCCUGGGGUCCAGCCUCCGGAGCCUUUCCCCCACGCUCCCUGCCCUCUCUCCUUAGCAUGGGACUAAGGAGCACUGUCGGGGCGCAGAGUGGGUGGACGCACACCCCUCUUCGUGGGGCUGGGUCUCCACCCACCUUCCAGAGGCCAGCAGGGCCUGGAAAUGCCUCAGGCCCUGCCUCAAGGCCCCGCCAACCUGCCACGUCCCGCCAGCCCCGGCCUGCCCCGCCUGCCCUGCUGUUGGCAGGUUCUAGCGUCUAAAAAUAACUCUGGAGGAGACUCAAGUCUGGGGCGCAAGCAGAGAGAUGAGUUUGGGGAAGGCCGCCAACUGCACUCCCAGACACACAGGGGUGGGUGCAGUGGGCGGGGAGUACCCUGUGGAGGCGCUGCGCAGAGCCAGCCUCAGAGGCCGGGUGUCGCAGGCCAGCCCUGCUGAGCUGCCCGGGAGGCGGGCACAGGAUGCAUCAGCAGGGGGCUCUGCCAGGCCCUAGGCUGAGCAGAAAAGUGCUGGUGCCCACGCUUCUGGGGGACACUCUGCUGCUCCUGGGGUACCCAGCAUGUGCCUCUAGGGCACACAGGCGUGCAGAGCUGGCUGUCGAUGUCAUGGAGGCUGAGGGGCUGGGCGCAGGAACAGGAUGCAGGGUUUGGGGGCGUUGAGCCUGAGGGCGGGCCUUGUCUCCACCCUGCUGCCUCCAGGGAUGUGUGUGGGGAAGGCCUGAGUCAACCCUGUCCCAGACGUCCCCUUUGAUUAGGGAACAAAAGGCCUUUCUGUGGGCCAAAGAGCUGAGCAGGGAGCCUCGUGAGGGAGGCGUGCCGUUCCUGGGUUAGAAGAGGCUGCAGGCCCCUCCCACGGGGCCGGGUGCCUGCCGGGAGGGAGGCUGCCCACACACCACUGCCUGCCAGGCCGCGCUGCCCCUUCCAGGCCGGGUGCUGGCAAGAAGGGCUCUCGGCAGCUUGCUGCCCUGGACCCUGGGCCGGGGGAUGAGCACCAGGGAGGGGAAGGGGCUGGCCUCCUCUCUAGGCCGAGGUGCGUCUGCUAAGGCCUCCUCCCUUCAGGUGGUGGUGCCCACCCGUGUGGGGCAGAGCUAUGUGUUUGAGGCCUCCCAGCCAGAGCAGGACGAGUACGACAUCCCACGCCACCUACUGGCCCCAGGGUCCCAGGACAUCUAUGAUGUGCCCCCUGUCCGGGGGCUGCUUCCCAGCCAGUAUGGCCAAGAGGUAUAUGACACGCCCCCCAUGGCUGUCAAGGGUCCCAAUGGCCGGGACCCAUCGCUGGACGUGUAUGACGUGCCCCCCAGUGUGGAGAAGGGCCUGCCACCGUCCAACCAUCAUGCGGUGUACGAUGUUCCUCCAUCGGUGAGCAAGGAUGUGCCCGACGGCCCACUGCUGCGUGAGGAAACCUACGAUGUGCCCCCUGCCUUCGCCAAGGCCAAGCCCUUUGACCCGACCCGCCACCCGUUGGUCCUUGCUGCUCCCCCUCCAGACUCGCCACCAACUGAGGAUGUGUAUGAUGUGCCACCCCCUGCUCCUGACCUCUACGAUGUGCCCCCCGGCUUGCGGCGACCUGGCCCUGGUGCCCUCUAUGACGUGCCACGUGAGCGGGUUCUUCCUCCUGAGGCGGCCGAUGGUAGCGUGGCCGACGACGGUGUGUACGCGGUGCCUCCCCCAGCUGAGCGGGAGGCCCUGGCUGAUGCCAAGCGCUUGUCGGCCUCCAGCACAGGCAGCUCGCGCAGCAGCCAGUCAGCCUCUUCCCUGGAGGCGGCAGUGCCAGGUCGCGAGCCCCUGGAACUGGAGGUGGCCCUGGAGGCCCUGGCACGGCUGCAGCAGGGCGUGAGCACCACUGUGGCCCACCUUCUGGACCUGGCAAGUAGUGCUGGUGGAUGUGGGGGCUGGCGCAGCACUCCCGAGCCUCAGGAGCCCCCAAUGCCGGACCUGCGGGCUGCUGUGGCUGCUGUCCAGGGGGCCGUCCAUGAGCUGCUGGAGUUUGCCCGCAGUGCUGUGGGCAAUGCUGCCCACACUUCUGACCGCACACUGCAUGCCAAGCUCAGCCGGCAACUGCAGAAGAUGGAGGACGUGUACCAGACACUGGUGGCCCAUGGUCAGGCCCUCGACAGUGGCCGCGGAGGCCCUGGGGCCACUCUUGAAGACCUGGAUCGCCUGGUGGCCUGCUCACGGGCUGUGCCCGAGGAUGCCAAGCAGCUGGCCUCCUUCUUGCAUGGCAACGCCUCACUGCUCUUCAGACGGACCAAGGCCCCUGUUGCAGGGUCUGAGGGGGGUGGCCCCCUGCACCCCAACCCCACCGACAAGGCCAGCAGCAUCCAAUCCCGGCCCCUGCCGUCACCUCCCAAGUUCACCUCCCAGGACUCGCCAGACGGGCAGUACGAGAACAGUGAGGGGGGCUGGAUGGAGGAUUAUGACUACGUCCACCUGCAGGGGAAAGAAGAGUUUGAGAAGACCCAGAAGGAGCUGCUGGAAAAGGGCAACAUCAUGCGGCAGGGGAAGGGCCAGCUGGAGCUGCAGCAGCUGAAGCAGUUUGAGCGCCUGGAGCAGGAAGUGUCACGGCCCAUAGACCACGACCUGGCCAACUGGACACCAGCCCAGCCCCUGGCCCCCGGGCGGACAGGUGGCCUGGGGCCCUCAGACCGGCAGCUGCUGCUCUUCUACCUAGAGCAGUGCGAGGCAAACCUGACCACGCUGACCAACGCGGUGGAUGCCUUCUUCACCGCCGUGGCCACCAACCAGCCCCCCAAGAUCUUUGUGGCACACAGCAAAUUCGUCAUCCUCAGUGCCCACAAGCUGGUGUUCAUCGGGGACACGCUGUCGCGGCAGGCCAAGGCAGCUGACGUGCGCAGCCAGGUGACCCACUACAGCAACCUACUGUGCGACCUGCUGCGUGGCAUCGUGGCCACCACCAAGGCCGCCGCCCUGCAGUACCCGUCGCCCGCUGCUGCCCAGGACAUGGUGGACAGGGUCAAGGAGCUGGGCCACAGCACCCAGCAGUUCCGCCGGGUCCUGGGCCAGCUGGCAGCUGCCUGAGAGCGGAUGACCAGAGGGAUGGAGGGCAGGGGAGGAGGGCAGUGGUGGUCCGAGCUGCCCCGGGUACAUGUUCCAAGAAGGUCGCCAUGCCACGGGCAUGGGGACAGGCAACCUCAGUUCUGCGCGGGCCUGGUGCUCUAGACUGUCCAGGGGUUUGUACAUAUUUAUGAUGGGGCAGGAUGUGGGACGGUGCCUCCUCAGAGGAGCCCAAGCAGAGCUGGGCCCCCAGGAGCUGAGGCCGGGCUGGUGGUCUUCCCUGAGUGUGCUGCAGGUCCAGGGAGGGUCCCAGUGCCGGGGACCGGGCCAAGGGCACACAGGCUCCUCAAGCCGCAUUGCCUCGGGUGACUCCUAGGGCUGACGUCAGCCCUGGAGGGUUCUUGUUGCCCCCACAAGGCAAAUGCAGCUGUGGCCUGUUCCUUCUCUGCACCAGGAAAAAACCUUAAAAAACUAUUUUUCAUUAUUGAUUUUCCAAUCAUUUGACUAAUAGUCUACGUUUAAAUAAAAUUUAAAAAUGAAAA